CUCUUGACUUUCUCAUUAACUUGUCUACUUUCGAAUGGGGAGCGAGGGUGUGAGGUUUCGAGUGAGGUUUCUGACAGCCAAGGACAAUAGUUUCAGGUGGCGGCUUCUAGGAUAUGGUAAUCAGUUUUUAGGCCAAGCAACUACGUACUUUUUCUAUGAUUUCCCAGAAAAUUGGUCAACCAAGGAUUUGUGGUUUAGUUUUGGUCAUUUGGGAAAGUGGUGGACGUAUAUAUUCCAACAAGGAGGGAUCGAAGAGGGCAUCGGUUUGGUUUCGUCAAGAUGACAGGUGUUUCAGAGGUUUAGGGUAUGGAGAGGAAGUUGAAUCAAAUAAGGCUAGAUUCCUAUCAUCUUAAGGUGAAAUUAGUUGAUAAUAUGAGAAAGGGAAGGGAAGUGAUAGCACUGGAGUUGAGCAAGCAGUCUGGAAAACAAUGGGUGAGAAAGGAUAGAAAGGUGAGUCCUGGGGUAUCUUAUGCACAGGUUGUUGUAGGUAGGGUGUUGAUUUUGUGUGAUGAUAAGAGCAAAAUUUCAAAAACAAUCAUCCUAAGGGUGAAUGGGGAGGUUUUUUCGAUUGUGGUUAUGGAGGAGGAGUGGUGUAUGGAUUCAAAUUGGUGGUUGGCAGGGGAACGACGGAAUCCAGUAGUUUUUGAAGAUGGUACAGAAUAUUCUGAUGAAGGAAAUAAUGAGGAUAUCUUUAAUGCAAAUAGUUUUUUGGGGGAUGAUGGCAAGAAAAAAGCCGAAGAUUGUGGUGUAACAGUGGUGGAUUCAAAUGGGCAAUUAAGAAGGUUGGUUGAUUCAAACGAAGUGGAUUUGGAUGAAUUUUUUGAAUCAAAUGGGCUACAGAAGCAUGGGCCAGUUGACAUGGACUUUGUUGGGCCUAAUGAAAUGAGAUUAGAUGUGCAGCGGGUUGAAGAAAGCUACAGUAAUGGGCUCAUGUCCAAUUCGGCAAAGCAGCAGCAGAUGGCUUCGAAAAAGAAAAAAAGUAGAAGUUUGGGGGUACUAUAUCCAGAGGUUGGGGGAUUUAGUGUCAAUAGAAUGAGGAAGAGGUGCUCAUUUGUCAAUGUCUGUGCUCCAUGUGAGAGACACAAGAAGAUUUUAUUGUGGAAGGAAAUUGGGGAUUUAGUAGUGGAAGAGGGUGGUCGAUGGCUUUUGGCCAGGGGUUUCAAUUCUGUUCGGAAUAUAGAUGAGAGGAAAGGCAAAAUGACAGAGACACAAGGUAUGCAUGAUUUUAAUCAAUUUGUUGAAGGUACUAGAUUGAUUGAUGUUAACUUGAUGAAUAGAAAAUUUAUGUGGUACAGACCUGAUGGUACUUCAAUGAGUAGGAUUGACAGGUUUCUAAUGUCUGCUGAAAUGAGUCUAUUGGCUACAGAUUGCAGUCAAGUUGGUGUUAGAAGAACAAUUUCAGAUCAUUGUGCGAUUAUUUUGAAGUCAAGAAACAUUGAUUGGGCUCCGAAACCUUUUUGGGUUUUUGAUGCAUGGCAACAACAUCCAGACUUUAGAAGGUUUGUGGAGGAUAGAUGGAAAGAAUUGCAUGUUGAAGGUUGGGCAGCUUAUAAAUGUAAGCAGAAGUAGAAACUAUUAAAGGAUGAGUUGAGGAGUUGGAAUUGUGAGGUUUUUGGCAAUGUGGAGGCUCAAUUAGUAAAUUUAUUAGAGCAGAUUGAGAUGCUAGGUAAAAAAAAAACGAGGAGGGGGAAUUGAGUGUGAAUGAGGUGACAAUGCGAAGAGGGUGUUUUCAAGAGAUGCAAGAAAUUUUAAAGAAGAGAGAAGCUAUGUGGAAACAAAAAUCGUGAAAUAUGUGUGUUCACCUUGGGGAUGUAAAUACAAGUUUCUUUUGUAG